UGUGCAUAACUCGAAACUGAUCAUAAACCUUUAAUGGUGUGCUAACUAUUUAUCGGCUUUGUCGGUUAAAUGACGUGUUGUGAAGAAGACAAAAUGGUCAUGUGCAAUUUGUGACUGAAUUUGGAUAGCAAAGUAUGGUCUCUUCAAAACCAGCUUUGGUAGUUGGGGCGAUCGACAUUGGGACAACGUAUACUGAAUGGGCGUAUUUGACUAAAAGCGACUUCGAGCAGAAUCCUUGUGCUGCUUUUGGAAGAUCAGUGCAUGGUCAUUCGAGGAUAUCCCAUCAAGCUCCUACAUGUGUGUUGAUAACACCAGACGGUAAAACCGUAAAAGGCUAUGGAAAUGAUGCAGAGUCAAUUUACAAUGAAAUGCGUGCAAAAAACGAACAUGAACAGUGGUACUUCUACCGAAGAUUCAAAAAGUUGCUCUGGAUAAAGUCGCUACAUAAGUACACGAUGCUGAAAGAUGAAACUGGUAAAAGCCUCCCAGCCCUUUCGGUGAUUUCACUGUCCAUAAGGUACUUAAAGAGUGAUCUCUUGCAUUGCUCCCGUAACGCGUUUGACGACGAUAUCCACUGGGUAAUAACAGUUCCUGCAGCAUGGCACUAUUCUGCGAAACAGUUCAUGAGACUUGCCGCUCUACAGGCAGGCAUAUUAGAAGAAUCUCUGACUAUUGCAACGGAGCCGGAGGCCGCCUGGAAUUAUUGUACAUACAGUCUUGCAAAACGUUCCGGCGAACUCGGAUUUUCAAAACCAGAAAAGAGGUUCAUGAUCCUAGACGCAGGAGGCAGCCGCAUGCAAAUGACAGUAUACGAAGUACUCAAUAGGAGCAAAAUACGUGAAACAGCCAAGGAAGUUAAUGAAAAUUGUGGAGCAAUAACAGUCGAUUCAGCAUUUAUUGAUUUUCUCAAAGAUUUAUUCGGAAAACCCUCACUCGAUCGCUUGAAAGAGGAGUUCCCAGAAUAUUACAACUACAUUCUUGACAAUUGGGAGAUAAAAAAACGAUCUGUUGAACAACGCACAUGUAACAUAAGAAUACCACUACUUAAAAUUGCAAAAGAAGACACUGGGCAAGAACUGAAGGACAUAAUACCAUCAUCACGUUACAAAGGAUUGGUUUCCAUAAAAAACAACCUUCUUCGUAUUGCCGCCAGCAUUGUCAGAGAAUUUCAUCAAAAAACAAUUGACGCAAUACUGAAGGAUCUAUCCAGACUCCUACAGCAAAAUACGUACAAAGGCUUGGAGACAAUUUUACUUGUAGGAGGUUAUAAUGAGUCUUCGCUUCUUCGGGAAGCUAUAGAGGAGAAAUUCCCCAUUUUGAAAAUUGUCGCUCCAGAACAUCCAGGAAUUGCUGUCCUGACGGGGGCAGUUAUAUUAGGCCACUGUCCGGUUGAUAUCGCUGUCAUAAAGAGAGGUUUUCUACUGACGGCAGCCAUUGACUUUGGAACAACCUAUUCCGGAUGGGCAUAUUCGUUCGUCCAUGAAUUCGAGACCGAUCCAACGCACGCUAAAUGUCCGGUUAGGACAGGAAACAACCUGGUAUCGCAAAAAGCACCGACGAGUGUGUUAAUCAAACCGGACGGUCAAUACAUUGACACAUUUGGAUUUGAAGCCGAGACUCGAUAUAGCGAACUCAGUGAAACUGGGAACCACAAAAAUUGGUACUUCUUUCAAAGAUUCAAGAUGAUCCUCUAUAACAAGCCGAUACACAAGGACACAAUGCUAGAAGACGAGACUGGUAAAAGGCUCCCUGCUUUGAAAGUAUUUGCCCUUUCUAUCAGAUUCAUGAUGGACUGUCUGCUAGAUACAUGUCAACAGCGCGUUACUGAACUUGAUCCGGAUGAAAUCCACUGGGUUUUAACAGUACCUGCGAUAUGGAAUGACCAAGCCAAACAUUUCAUGCGACUUGCUGCUCAAGAGGCGGAAAUGUCACCGGAGCAGCUAACUUUAGCAUUUGAGCCCGAGGCAGCGUCGAUAUUUUGCAGACACUUGAAAGUUCAAACACAUUCAGAUUGCAGUAUAUCGUCCUUCCAGUCUGGGAAAAAAUAUUUGGUUCUUGAUGUAGGAGGUGGUACCAUCGAUAUCACAGUUCAUGAAGUAUGUUUCGGCGGAGGACUGAAAGAACUUUACAAAGCUACAGGAGGAGCCUGGGGUGGUACCAUGGUGGACCAAGCCUUCUUGGAUUUUAUUGCGGAUUUGAUAGGAAAAGACGUGUUAAACAGUUUUAAAGACACGUACAUGGAAGACUAUAUCGGACUUAUGAGAGAUUUUGAACUAAAGAAACGAAAGCUAGAUUCCCGCUCCGAUGGACAUGUGACAAUCGGCAUACCGAGUAUUAUUUCGGUUAUCGUAAAAGAGAUGAAAGGAACAGAUUUGCAACAACUAAUUAAGACCAAUCCACAUGCAAAACAAAUUAGUCUUUCUCUCGACAAAAUUCGUAUAGGCGUCAAUACCUUUCGAUCAUUCUUCAAAAAAUCGAUUGACAGCAUUGUGCAUCAUCUGUCACAAAUGCUUCGCAAUCCGGAAUUGUGCGGUGUUGAGACCAUUUUAAUGGUUGGAGGUUACUCGGAGUCACCUCUACUUCAGGAAACGAUUCGUAUGGAAUUCCCAAGAAUGAAAGUUAUCAUUCCUACAGACGCAGGCCUCUCCGUCCUCAAGGGUGCAGUUAUUUUUGGACACAGCCCGACCUUCAUAAAGGAACGGAUAUCUAAGUACACGUAUGGCACAAACGCCUCUGGUAGAUUUGACGACAGCAAGCAUCCCUUGGAAAAACGUACACUAAUUGGUGGUGUCUACCGAUGCGUCGAUAUUUUUGUCGUAUUGGUAUAAUCAGGUCAGAAACUGAUUAAUGGAGAAAAACAAGGGCAAAAAUGGUAUACACCUAUAAGAGAAAACCAAACAAACAUGAUUGUUGAUAUAUAUACUUCGACAAAUAAGGACGCAAUAUUUGUCACUGAUGAAGGUUGUACAAAAAUUGGUUCCGCAACUGUCCCGAUAUCUGGGCAUGGUACGGACAGAGUUGUCAUUGCUCGGAUGAUUUUCGGUGGAACAGAAAUCAAAAUUGAAUUCGAAGAAAAGUCUACUGGUUUAAUCACCAGCAUUUUCUUUAAUUUCAUGUUGUAGCGAAAAUUCCCAUAGCAAAAAGUACAUAAGGAUAUAACGAGUUUAAUUCCUAAAGAGAUAAAUGUGUUGUUCGUUAAUUUAACUCGUUCAAUAAUUUGACACGACUGGCGUUGAAGAAUAUUUGACAAAUGCUGUAGGUUAAACUUAUGUUAUAACGUACGGUUGCUCUGAUGCUAUUUUAUUCAGUUAGUGUCUGUCAAAACUACUCCUAAUCUGCUUUACCCUUAAAUUGAUUGUUAUUAUUUAUUUUGUAUACUGUUUCUUUUAUAUGAAUAUGUCUUCUAAUAGACUAUUUACAAAUCAAGUAAACUUCUAAAUUUUCCCUAUCUUGUGCAGUUUUGGUAUUCCGAGUGUCUGAAUGUAUAACCAUUGCAUUCACUGUAUCAUUGUAUAUGCGCAAUAUAUGAAACUAUGGUUUACACACAAUCAUGAGAACAAAAACGAUAACAAAUAAUCUAGAAAUAGUUUUUUCUUCAAAUAUUAUUGAAUGAUAUACGUCGUUGACGUCCUUUGUAUUCCCUGUAAAUUUGGCUACAUUUCGUCUAUUGUUGUCGUUUGUAAUAUAAUUAAAUAUGCAACUAUGUUCAGUCAUUUUAAGCAUGUAUAUUGCAUAUAUGCACGUAAUUAAAAAACAUACAAACGGAUUUAACAACAAUAUCAAAAUAGCUUUAGAAUUUUUAGUCCUUGUCAACGACAUGUAUUUUAUUCUCUAACAAUCUACAUAAAUGUUGAUGUGAUUGAUUGCAUUUGAUUAUUUGCGUCACCCUGAUUAUAUGUAUGCAUUUAUAUGUAAAAAUAUAUAGUUAAGUUAGUGUCGUUGGUAGUUUUGUCAAAAUAAUGUUGUCAAUGCAAAGUAAUUAUUCUGAAACUUAUUAUAUUCACUAACAAUCAAUUGCGUUAACAUCUUUCAAACUUGAUUUUCGGUUUUCAUUUAUACAUAUGUGUGUUUGAUUAAAUCCAGUCAAGUGUGAUCUUUGGCCUGCCUUUAAACCAGGCGACACCCCAUACUUUCAUUUAUUGUUUUAUGACUGUGGUGUAUGUGUCUAUCUUGUAGGGAAUAGUUACUUGGUCGAUCAGCUAAAAUAAAAAAAAAGCGGUUGUUGACAAGAAUUCUCCCGACAAUGCUUCUUGGCAUUAUUCUUAUAUCAAGAAUUAAAUAUAAAAAUUAUAAAUCGAUCGAGUAUUCAUACACGUUUAUGUUCAUUUUAAUACCUUAUAAUUCGAAAGCAAACAAUUGUUAUGUAUUUUAUCGUUUAUCAUGUAACCAUUUAUAACUAUUACAUAUAUUGUCGACGCAUGAACAAGCGCUUUAUUACAUUUGUUAUCUUGUUGAAAGGGUGCAAUGCACGAUCUUUGACAAACUUCCUAAUAUGAAAUAGUUGUUGUAUUGAUAGUUUUUGUAGUAUCAUUCUUAUUUAUAAUACAUAUUGAUAUCCAUGUAAAAAAAUAACAUAUCAUAUGAAAUUACCAAUACGUCUUUAUAUGUUAACCUAAAAUUUGCUGAAGUUUUUAAAAAGAAAACUUUGUAUUGUAAAUUAAGACAAAUUAGCGAGGAAUAAAAGCGUGAAAUUGAAA